GACUCCAGCGACUCUGUCGUCUUUUCAGCCACCGUCUUCCUGCCUUGGGUAUGGGAUGACCCCCCAACCCACAGCAGCCACCAGGAUCCCUGGGGAGCCAGAAAGGAAGUGAUUUAAUGUGAUUUAAAAAAGUCACAGCUGGGACCUUAAGUAAAGCCAUUUCGAUCAAAAGCCAUGUUUCAAGGGUUUAGGGAGAGACUGGUGAGGAAAUUAAGGCAGUGCUCGUAGGCUACAUUUAGGAUUUCUCAUUUUUGGUGAGAAUUGAGGAUGAGCUUGUAGAGUAAACAAAGGCAGGAGACCCGGAGUUCACGUAGCUUUGCCAUUGAAUUAGCCAUGUGUAGACACAUUCGGUCUGUCACCGUGAUCCCCGAUGUGUCGUUGAUGUAACCUGUGUUGUGUUUGUUUACUUGGUGGCCUUUCCUGGCAUCAGGAGAUCACAGCCUCUAACCAGUUGUCUUGAGCUGCAGUGACAGGGACCUCCCCGGUUCCUCGUAGAAGAAGACACGUCACUGCCCAGAGGGGCUGUCCAGCAGAGGGGUUACUGAGAGACCCUCCCUUGUGUGCAGCCGUGGACAGGGUGAAGAGGCCGCCGCCCGAGUCCCAGAGCAGCAGCCUGUGGGUCGUCGUCGGCGUGGUCAUUCCCGUGCUGGUGGUGAUGGUGAUUGUUGUCAUCCUCUACUGGAAGCUCUGCCGCACAGACAAGCUGGACUUCCAGCCCGACACCGUGGCCAACAUUCAGCAGCGGCAGAAGCUGCAGAUCCCCAGCGUGAAGGGCUUCGAUUUUGCCAAGCAGCACCUGGGCCAGCACAGUAAGGACGACAUCCUGAUCAUCCACGAGCCGGCUCCACUGCCGGGACCUGUGAAGGACCACACCACGCCCUCGGAAAACGGAGACGUCCCGAGCCCCAAGGCCACAGUCCCCUCCAAGAACGUCCGUCACCGAGGAAGAGUUUCGCCCUCGGAUGCCGACUCCACCGUAAGCGAAGAGUCCAGCGAGAGGGAAGCGGGAGACAAGACGCCGGGCGCGGGGAAUGACGGGCCUCCACCGCCCAGUUCAGGGAACGAGCAGCACUCAUCCGCCUCCAUCUUCGAGCACGUGGACAGGAUCUCCCGCUCCUCUGAGGCCAGUCGCCGGGUCCCCAGUAAGAUCCAGCUGAUCGCCAUGCAGCCGAUCCCUGCACCUCCAGCUCACCACCCCGUCCUGGCCGACCGAGUGGCAGAAACCAACAAAAUUAACAAAGAGAUCCAGACGGCGCUGCGACACAAGUCGGAGAUCGAGCACCAUCGGAACAAAAUCCGGCUCCGGGCCAAGCGCCGCGGGCACUACGAGUUCCCGGUGGUGGACGACCUGUCGUCGGGCGACACGCGGGAGCGGCACCGGGUGUACCGCAGGGCGCAGAUGCAGAUCGACAAGAUCCUGGACCCCACGGCCAGCGUGCCCUCGGUGUUCAUAGAGCCCAGGAAGAGCUCGCGGAUAAAACGUUCUCCGAAGCCCCGCCGGAAGCACCAGGUCAACGGUUGCCCCGGGGACGCGGAGAAGGACAGGCUCAUCACCACAGACAGCGACGGCACCUACAAGCGGCCCCCCGGCGUCCACAACUCCGCCUACAUUGGCUGCCCGUCCGACCCCGACCUGCCGGCAGACGUGCCGACGCCGUCGUCGGCUGAGCUGGGCCGUUACCCGGCCCUGCCCUUCCCGGCCCUGCAGUACGCCCCGCCGCAGCCGUCCAUCGAGGAGGCCCGCCAGACCAUGCACUCCCUCCUGGACGACGCCUUCGCCCUGGGGCACCUGCUGAUUUUGGAGGAGGCGGCUGAGAAGCUGAGCAAAGCUUCUGACAGGCUCCCGGGGCUGGGAGGAUCAGCAGAGGCCCUUGUGAGCACCCAGAGGCUUGCGCUCAGACCCUUAGGGGCUAUACCUUGGAGUAAGAGACCCGGUUUUGGCCCUGGUUUGCUGCAGUCUUCGGAGCUGGUGCCUCCCGAGCCCCAGCAGCCACAGGCAUCAGCUGAAGCCCCGUUUGCUGCCCGAGGGAUCUACUCUGAGGACAUGCCAUCGGUGGCCCGGCCCCGGCCUGUCGGGGGCACCACAGGCUCCCAGAUUCAGCACCUGACCCAGGUGGGAAUUGCCAGCAGAAUCGGAGCUCAGCCAGUGGAGAUGCCACCAAGCAGAGGCGGCCAGUACGGGGGACCGGGCUGGCCUUCGUACGGAGAGGACGAGGCGGGCCGCAGAGAGCCCACACACGUGCUGGGACAUCAGGAGUAUUCUUCACCGCUGUUCCAGGUGCCAAGGACUUCAGGCAGGGAGCCCUCCGCUCCCCCCGGGAACGCCCCGCACAGGGGGCUGCAGGGCGCGGGGCUGGCCUACGCCACCAGCUCCACGGAGGACCUCCAGCCCGGCCACUCGUCCGCGUCCCUCAUCAAGGCCAUCCGCGAGGAGCUCCUGCGGCUGUCCCAAAAACAGACCUCCGCGCACAACUUCCACAGCUGA